GUGAAGCUCCCUCCACACCGUCCCAUCACACACUCCCGGGGUCAGACACAGAGUGAAUCUCCCUCCACACCGUCCCGUCACACACUCCCAGGGUCAGACACAGGGUGGGUUCUUGAACUGGUCUUGCUACGUGGUGAAACAUUGGUUUCCAUGACAGUGGAAGGACCUCCCCCAAAAGAUACUGGAAUUGCUCGUGUGCCCCUUGCUGGUGCAGCCGGAGGUCCUGGUAUUGGUCGAGCAGCAGGUCGUGGUGUCCCUGCUGGAGCACCAAUGCCACAGGCUCCAGCUGGGUUGGCAGGUCCUGUCCGAGGAGUAGGAGGACCAUCUCAGCAGGUGAUGACACCCCAAGCACGUGGGACAGUUGCAGCAGCUGCAGUUACAUCCAGCAUUGCAGCAGCACCUCAGCAAUAUGGUCCAGGCCGUGGAGGCCCCCCACCAUUGGGCCGAGGAGCGCCACCACCAGGUACGAUGGGCCCUCCCCCUGGUAUGCGGCCGCCUAUGGGACCACCUAUGGGAAUGCCUCCUGGCCGAGGAGCACCAAUGGGAAUGCCACCAGGAAUGAGACCACCACCGCCAGGAAUGAGAGGUCCUCCACCACCCAGUAUGCGCCCACCAAGGCCGUGAUAAUGAAACGAGGAAGAUACCAGGGUUAAUAAAUUAUAUCCAUCUACGUGGGAACUUUUUGAAGAGGAGAUAUCCUGAGCAAAGACUUUUCAGAUUAUGCUGCUUUGACAGCU